AUGAAGAGGUCCACGGCCAUCAUACUCGCCUUGCAGUGCGUAUUGACACCAGGCCUCGCAAGAGUAACAUUACGAAGUGACUACACGGAAGAAGCAAGCCAACCCGUUCACUCUCUUCAAGCUCGACAACAGGACUCAUCAGACAAAGGUGUCUUGGAGAAUGAGGUGCGCGAUGGCACCUGCAAAGAUACCAUGUUCUUCUUCCUCCGCGGAAGCACUCAACAGCCGAAUAUGGUGAGUAAACCCGGCUUGCAAAGCCUCGAUGAUAUCUUUGCCUUGAGCGCAUUGAGAACUAACAGCCCACCACAGGGAUUGCAACCGGGCCCUCAACUCGCGGCGUACCUCCGCUCAACCCUAGGCGCGGACAAGAUUGCUAUUCAAGGCAUUGAAUACGCCGCAACGCUGCAAGACAACCUCUGCAUCAACAACCAGCUGUGCCGGCCGCGCGAGGUCACCAGCGCGAGCACUCAGAUCCGCGAGUACAUGGACCAGUGCUCCGACUCUGAUGUCGUCGUCGGCGGGUACAGCCAAGGCGCUGCGAUGCUUUCCCGCGUGAUUUCGGACAGGCUUGGAUCGGAAUACAAGGACCGGAUCGUGGCCGCCGUGACAUUUGGCAACACUAUGCAGGUGUACAACAAGAACACGAUACCCGGUCUGGCACCGGAAAGAGUGCAGAUGUUUUGCAACAAAUUUGACCCGGUCUGCCGCAACGGUCUACCCCUCGGCGCCGUGAUGCCAGGCCACAGAGACUAUCGCCCCUCCGCCAAACCCGCCGCCGAGUUUCUCGUGCAGAAGCUCGCCGCCGCCAAAGGCUGGACCACCGUCCCCAUCGUCUCCGACAUCGACCUCUCCCAAUUCGCCGACGUGGGCUUCACCUUCCGCGAAAUCUACCGCGGCGCGCCCGCCGGCAGCUCAACCUCCUUCAACGACGGCACAGAACUCGCCAAGCUGGACAGCGUGCGCGUCGUCUCCAUCUUUGGCCGCGGCGCCGCGCGGGUCGACGCGCUCGGCGUCAAGAUGGACGGGGGCCCCGACGGGGCGCAGGAGCACGGCGGUAGCGGCGGGAAUUUCAAGGAGCUGACGCUGGAGGAGGGGGAGUACUGGAUCAUGACGGAGGUGUGCAACGGCCGGAAGAAGAAGAAGGACCGCGUUGGGUUCUUUCGGGCUUCGACUAGUCUGGGCCGGGUUCUGGAGGUUGGGUCGAGGACGAAUGAUCGGUGUGUUACGUUUGUGCCGGGUGAGGGCCGCUCGUUUGUGGGUAUGCAUGGAGAGUCUGGGGAGGAGGUGGACUCUGUUGGCUUUAUUGAGUAUCCUAAACUAGACUAG